GUUUAUCAAAUACCCAGAACAGACCCCACGAGCAUUUAAAUAUGUUGUUAAGUUGAAGUUGUUCUUCACUACAUGAACUCAACCGAGGGCUCUGAAAAUACUGGAUUAACUCCUACACGAUUACUAGUUUGGAUUACUACCUUCUUUAAAUACGUUUUUUUAAAUGAGUAUAAGUAAAAUGUCAUUUUUUCUCAUCUUUUGGAUACUUUUUACUCUUGAUUUGUCUGAGUCUUCACACGAAGGUUGCAAAGAAGAGAUAAAUCGCCUUCAUGCACAGUUGAAAAGCCUGGAACUUCGUGAUACAAAGCAACAGCAGCUUAUACAACGCCUGUUGAAUCUCAAUCAUAGAGAUCAGUCCUCCCUAAAUGAGGGCAAUUUUUUUGACCUGCGUGACAAACAAUACAUAGAUUGUGCUCAGAUUUUCAAAGAUGGUCACACGCAAAGUGGAUUUUACAUGAUUAAACCUUUGACAAGUCCAACCAAGAUCCGAGUAUGCUGUGAUAUGUCUGAUGGGGGUGGAUGGACAAUUUUCCAGAGACGUUCAGAUGGUAGGCAGUCAUUUGAAAGAGAUUGGAAUGAUUACAAAAACGGAUUUGGUGACAUGCAAUCAGCUGAUGGAGAGUUCUGGUUAGGAAAUGACAAUCUGUAUUAUUUGACAUCUCAAGAUGAUUACAAUCUAAGAGUCAAUCUAGAAGACUUUGAGGGUAACCACCGGUAUGCAGUGUACAAAAAGAUCAAAGUGGAUAACGAACAGAAUCAUUACCAGCUACAGUUUGGUGAAUACACUGGAAAUGCAGGUGAUGCUCUCUCUGGCAGUUAUCAUCCUGAGGUUCAGUGGUGGGCCAGCCACCAAGGAAUGAAAUUCAGUACACGAGACAGGGAUAAUGACCGCUACGAUCGCAAUUGUGCUCAGGAGGACAAGGGUGGCUGGUGGUUUAACAGAUGUCACUCUGCUAAUCUGAAUGGAUUCUACCACAGAGGUCCGUACAGUGCAGUGACCGAUGAUGGAAUAGUGUGGUACCCAUGGCACGGCUGGUGGUACUCUCUCAAAACUGUUCAAAUGAAGAUCAGACCGGCAAGCUUUGAGCCUAACGAUGUAUAAGACGUAUUGAUCUGUCAUUGUAUUGGUAGGAGUUUUUAAAAGGAGAUGCAUUUGUGGAGGAUGGGAAAUAACAUUAUAAUCAAGCUUAUUAGUGAACUUCAGUUUCUUUACUAUUUACACAUCUAGCCAGUGCUCGAAUUGAACCAAGUCUUAUGGGGGUCCCCUUGAUAAGACUUUUUUUGGUGGGGGUUAGUCUCGCAAUAUACAAUUGAUACAAAAUACACAAUAAAUUUGAUUAUUAAAUGCAUAACUAUAUACUAUGAUAAUUUAAACAGGCUUACAUAGAAGAACAGGCUUCUUUCACUGUCCUGCGCUUAGCGGUCCUCUUAAAGAGAAAUUUAAAGAGACAUGACAACUGGCCCAUAAACAAACUUAAUAUAAAUUAUUGUAAAUAAUUAAUUCACAAAAUUGACCACAUCCAUGCAUGAAUUAAAUCACAUUGUCAUUAAAAUUUUUACUCAAAUACAAAUAUCUGAUGGACCCCCAAAGUCAAUUUUUACUUAUUAAGGGGAUCCCUAAUGCCUCCCGGACCUCCCCAGUCCCCCCCUUCAAUUCGAGCACUGCAUCUAGCAUUCCUUUGGCUCAGUGUUUUGGGUGUGAUCACUGGGGAUUGCAUGUAGUCAGAAACAAAUGUAUGCAGUGCAACAUAAAUCGCUUUGGAUAAAAGCGUCUGCCAAAUGCAUAAAUGUAAAAGUAGUUAAAAGAGCACCUCACCAUGUAUUAGCCUACAAUAAAGUGUUCAACACAUCAUUA